AUGACGAUCUACAAGGAUGGGAGCGCAUGCUAUCUCUUCUCGUACCACAACACGAACUGGGGGUGGGCAAAGGCCCCCAAACUCGCGCCGUUCCCGGCCCGCGCCGUGCUCGAGCCCCUGCUCUCUCUCGGCGCGCUCGAAGUCCUCGAAGUGGAGGCCAGCGCGCGGCGCUUCGCCCUCGCCGACGCGGACCUCGUGCGCUGGGCGCGCGCGUGGCCGCGCCUCCGCCGCCUCGUCAUCCCGUAUGACGACAAGGACGAUGACGACGAAGAGCACGAGCACGAGGCGCGGCGCGCGUCGACGGACCUCGGAUUCCCUUCGCUCCUCGCCGCCGCCGACCUCGCGACGGCGUGCGCGCGCCUGGAGGUGCUCGUGCUCGCGCUCGCGGACAUCACGGAGGCGGACGUGCGCGCGCUGGAGGCGCGCGCCUGGGCGGAGACUGCUCGCGCGGCGCGGCGCGGCGGCCAGGACGCGCUCGUGCAGCUCGUGCCGGCGGCGAGCGGCCCGCGGCGCGAGCGGAUGCGGAUCUGGGAGACGGAGCGGGUGUGCGGGGCGCUGGUGCGGAUGUUCCCCAACCUCGAAGGGAGCGGGAUUCUGGAGGACGGGGAGCGGCGGGUGGUCGCAGGGAGGAGGAGCUGGUGGGUGGGGAGGCCGGAGCAGCGAGCGCUGGAUGCGUUCAUGUUGUGUCUCGACAGGCUCCAGGCGGAGAAGCGGGGGAUUCGGCGCGAGUUCGAUGAGGGCCGGGGCUAG